CCCUUGAUGCUUAAUAAAAUUAUACGUUGUCGCAGUACAUUGCUGUUAGUGAAUAUUUUAUUAGUUCGAAAGAAAAUUAGGAAAAUUCCAAUAAAUUAAAAAAGGGACAUGCAAUAAUAGUUCCUGAGGAAACAUGGGCAAAUGUAUAGAGUAUCUUCCACUUACAACUGUGGCCUUGGUUGGGAUUACCACUGCUAUCACUUUUUAUUUGUCCUAUGGAUACUAUCAGCAUGUCACCUAUCUCCUCCCAUACAUUAGUGAUACAGGCACUUUUCCACCUGAAAGCUGUAUUUUUGGCCAAAGUCUAAAUAUUGUGUCUAUUUUAUUGGCGUUUUCUAUCUACAUAAAGUACCUACAAGUGAGGGAAAUUUAUACAAAACACCAUAUAGAUGAAAAGUGCCAUUUGAAUAAAGUGGCAUUGAUAGUCGGUGAGCUAGCCACCAGUGGACUAAUGGUGGUGGCCAAUUUUCAGGAAACAAAUGCUUUCCUGGUGCAUUGGAUUGGGGCAAUAUUUUGCUUUUUUGGUGGCAGCAUUUAUUUAUGUAUACAGAGCCUUAUAUAUAUUAAAAUUUCCCCUGUUAUUGGGCAAAGAAAACUAACCUUGGUUAGAAUUGUACUGUCAAUAGUUUCACUAGUGGCAUUUCUGGUUUUUCAAAUUACUGCAUUUUUGGCAUAUGGACAAUUUACUGGAAAUGAUAUAACAAAAUGGCAUGAAGAAGAUGGAGGAUUUAAACUGCAUCAAAUAAGUACGAUAUCAGAGUGGAUAGUGGCCUUUUGUAUUAUGACUUAUAUUUCACUAUUUAAAGAAGAAUUUCAAAAUAUUGUUGUACAGCCUUUGAGUAUUGAAUUUAAAGAGAAUUAAAUAUUUUUUUAGACCGUUUUA